UUGUGGUUUGUCUGAUUGCAUAAACAUAACCUAUUUUAUCAAUACUGUGUUGUUUAGGUGUUGAUAGAUUUACCAUUCAUUAAAAGAAAAAUGAAUACAAUUACAAAUGAAUAUAUAAUUUCAGUUAUGAAUAGCAUAGCAACUGCUCUGAAAUUAAAAGAAUGGACAUUUAUACAACAAAAUUUUGACAAAAUAGCCCAAAACUAUUUCGGUGUCCUUAUUCCGAUAAAUUUAAGUGGCAAGUGUGAUAAGAAACAGGAUAAUGAAAACGUAAACAUAUCGUUAGUAUUAAAAUUAGCACCGACGGAUGAGAGGUAUCGUGUCAGUGGAGCAGUAACGAUGUUUUUCGAGAAAGAAAUUUUUGUUUACACAAAAGUUUUGCGCAGAUACCAAGAAAUACAGAGAACUUUUCCUCUGCCUCAAUAUGUUAUGCCAGAAUGUUAUUACGUGCGCAAUGAUUACUGUUAUGAAUUAUUAGCAAUACAGAAUAUGUGCGCAGAAAAUUAUAAGCCAUUUAUCAGCAGCAUGUUUUUAGAUAUAGAUCAUAUCACCGUCGCUUUAAUAUCCCUAGCUAGAUUCCACGCUUUAUCUUAUAUUUUUGAAAAAACUGAUAAGAACCUUUUCGAGGAGGCCAAAAAUUUUUGCGUGCCUAUAACAGAAAAAAAUAAUAAAAGAUAUCUGGAUAUCUUAUUAGAUAGACUCAAAAAAGCUUUAAGUAAAUUUGAAAAUACUAAUUAUGCACCUUUAUUUGAAGCCCUAAAACACGGUUAUAUAAAUAUAAUUGAAUCAGCUACCAACUCUGUAAAAAGUCUAUGCCUUUGUCAUGGGGACAUAUGGAAGGAGAAUAUACUUUUUAAAUAUGAGAAAAACUUACCUACUUCUGCCUGUAUAAUAGACUACCAAACAACUAGGAUUAGCAGCCCUGCAUAUGAUGUCUUAUACCUAAUAAUGUCCAGUACUUGUUCAAGUCUUAGAAAAAAACAUUUCAAACAUUUGUUGGAUGUAUAUUAUGAGACAUUUGAACAAGCUCUGAACCAGGCCAAUCUGAACUCCAAGGAAAUAUAUUCUAGGGCUGUGUUGGAAGAUGAUUUGGUAAUAGUUGGGCCAACAUGCCUUAUAAUGGCCAAUACAGCUAUUUGGCUAGCAAGUGGUUUACAAGAAGAAGGCCAUGUGAAGAGUAAGAUAGUUUUAAGUACUGAUGCAGAAAAGUCAAAAGCUGUGGCACAAUACAAAAAUAUUAUAAGUGGUAUAAUAGAUUACCUGUUAGAUAACAAUUAUUUAAGCACAGUGAUAUUUUGAUCCAGUACUCAGUA